UCAUUUAUACCAAAGCUAUGAUUUUGUCAUUGGACUUGACAAAUUACUGGUAUUUACCCCCCCUUUUCAUGGUUGUAGGUAAGGCUGAUCAUUAUCAAAGUAGGAAACAAAUUCUUUAUUUGCUGAAACUGGAUUAAUAUAUUUUAGAGUAGCACUGUGGAAUUCUUCGUCUUGGAUUGGAAUGUCGCUUGGAUACUAGACUAGGUUGGGCCUCUUAUUUAUCAAAGUGGGAAACAGUUUCAUUAUUUGGUGCAACAGGUUGGGUUACGUUUGAUCAGGGUAGGACACUUACUGCAUUAUUUGGAUAGUUCUCACUUCAGGACCAGAAUCAUCAAUGAAGUCAGGUUCAGCGAGCAUAUGCCUGUUGAUCCUAACAUGGGCCUUAAUAUUGGGCCUAUUGGGCCAUCCUGCAACGGCCCAGUCUCCGUGCUCAACCUCGUUCUUCUCUGUGCUUGUGCAGUUGAUGCCAUGCAGGCCAGCAGUGGCCCAGUUUAGCACUGUGCCGCCUAGUGAAGUCUGUUGCAAUGCAGUGAGGAGUCUGGGUCAGGAUUGCCUGUGUGCUCUCUUAAAUGGGCCUCCGAUAACGGGAGUUGACCGUGAUUCAGCCCUGCAGCUUCCCAACAAGUGCAAUGUCAAUUCCGUGCAAUUAAGUAACAGAUUGCUGUACAGUCGCAUGUUGCCCUCAAUUGACAGUAAAUUGAGGGCAAAAGAGUUAACAUCGUCUGAGAUUCGGGAGGCAGCAGCCCUUGAUCAGAGGAGAAGCAAGCUCUUGUGACACGAGAUAAUGAAGUGAUCAUUGUAAACUAAUGUACUGAAAUGUAAUAACUUGGUAUCAAUGAUGCCUCUCCUUAAGGAAAUACCUCAAUUUGAACAAAAGUUGUGUCUGGAUGGAUGGAGGUUAUAUUGUUGGUACUGUAACUUGGGAUCUCGCAAUAGCCAUCUCUACAUUUUUAUCGUUUGGUUUGAUCUCUGAAUGGAUUAUAUUUUAAUGUCUUCUGGUA